UCGCUGGAUGAACUCGGGCUACCUGACUCUCGGAGUUCAUUCAGUUUGUGAUUCGCGCAAAAAUCAGGAAGUGUUUUCUUGUGUCUUGCUCUUCGGAAGGAACCAUCAUCCUUGGAUGAACCAACGGUGAUUGAAGUGGUCAGUCUAACGGAAGGAUUUUAUUUUGGUCGCGUUUGAAGAAGAGCCUUCUUGCUUUUUACAGAAAGGUUGUAGCAACAAUAAUAAAUGGCACCAAAUGUAGUGUCGUCUACGCUGCCGGAGGAACACCACGAACCCCAACAGGAAACAAAGCCUUUAGAGCCUGUCCAAAUAGUCUGGCGAAAUGUCCUGCUCUUCAUAGCACUUCAUGCUGCUGCACUCUAUGGGUUAUACCUGGUCAUACUGAAUGCCACACUAGCGUCAUGGUUUUACGGUAUAUUUUUAUGUUACUUGACUGGUCUGGGUGUAACGGCAGGAGCUCACAGGCUAUGGACCCACAAAGCUUACAAAGCGAAACUCCCUCUAAGGAUAUUUUUAGCUUUCUGCAACUGCAUGGCACUGCAGAAUGACCUGUAUGAGUGGGCCCGUGACCACCGAGUCCAUCAUAAAUUCGCAGAGACCAACGCUGACCCUCAUAAUGUGAAUAGAGGAUUCUUCUUCGCCCAUAUGGGGUGGUUAAUGGCCAAAAAGCAGAAAGACGUCAUAGAAAAAGGAAAGACAGUAGAUAUCAGUGACGUUUGGGCGGAUCCAGUGGUCAGAUUCCAACACAGAUUUUACGUUCCUCUCUGUGCCUUAAGCUGUUUCAUCAUCCCAGCUGCCAUUCCAUAUUACUGCUGGGGAGAAAACGUGUGGGUGAGCUUCUUCGGUGCCGGUUUUACAAGAUAUGUUGUAUGCCUUCACUUCACGUGGUUCGUCAACAGCGCAGCCCACAUGUGGGGUAACAAGCCUUAUGACAAGAACAUCAGCGCUGUGGAAACCAAAUGGGUGUCAGCUCUGGCGAUCGGGGAGGGCUUCCAUAAUUACCAUCACACCUUCCCAUGGGAUUAUUCCACCAGUGAAUUGGGAUACAAGUACAAUUUCACCACACUGUUCAUCGACUGCAUGGCGUAUAUCGGUCAAGCAUACGACUUGAAGACAGCAAGUAAAGAAAGUGUACAGCAGAGAAAGUUACGAACAGGGGAUGGAUCAUACGACGAAUUAGAGAAGAAACACAAAGACUGAUGGAACAAUGAAGAUGAACAUUUUUUCGAUGAUGAAAUUUGCUUCCAAACAUCAAACAUUACAAAGGCCAGCAAACUGCAGAAGAUAAUGAUGAUGAUGAAGAAUAGCAGUUGAAAAUGCUAAUCCUGGAGGUUAAAAGUAAUAAUCACGAGCUUCGUUAAACUAAGAAAAGUUCGACGCUUUUUUUGGAAUAAAUUAUUUUGACACUAUUUUUGUAUGUAUUUGCUCUUUUUACUAUAGCGAUUGUGACUUUUAUAAUCAUGGAUUUCGUUAUUUUAAGUAUAUAGAUUUUAAAUGCAACUUUUUACAUACAUGUGAAUCAUUUGCUUUUUAAAAGUCAUCUUCGCUUUUGUAUUUUCUUUUUGUGAGUGUUAUGUCAGUUGGACAAUUUGUAUUUUUAUUUUUUGACAAGUUAACAAUUUACAAUUCUAUUUAGUACUGGUUACUAUGGGACAUCUAUUUUCCCCCCUUUCUCUCUUUCUUUUACUGUAUACUUUCACUUCAUAUAGAUACAAUAUUUUUUCUUCUGUGUUAUUAUUCUGUACUUGGAAUCCAUUUCAAGAAUGUUAUUUGCCAACAGAAAAAUAAAUAUUUUUUUGUGUCAA